UUCCGAAGCAGGAGAAGCACCAUAUGAAUGCCGAGUCUGUUGCUCUGAGCGACAUCAGCGCUAAGAACAGAAAACUGUGUGAAAUCAGCUCUACCGGUACUUAGGUAGAUCAGAAAUAUGUCAAGUGUCACUAAGUGAUGAAACCCUUGUCUGCGCUGCUAGUAGCAGAUCAGCGCAACCUGUCGAUCACUUUCCUCAUCUGCUCGGGCGAUGCUCUCUGGUCUGCCACUAUGCGCAAAUUGAUCGAGCCAUGAGGGCGGCAACAAAGGAUUCUCAGAUCCAAAGUGGAUGCUCCAGUUCUCCUCAGUUGGCCUUUGGCUCUGAAUUUGCAGGUUUGAACACAGAGUUGCUAGUCAAGCGAAGCAUUAAGGACAGACUUACGGACCUGCACUUACAAAGAACAGGCACACAAUGAUCAGAGGGUAAGUUGAACGCCGUGAAAAUGAUGGAAGUACCCAGGACCUUCCCUGCUGGCUGUCCAAGGGGCACAUACCUCUGCUUCAUCGCAUUGGGAGCCGUUCUCCUUUUUGCUCUCUACCUGCUCCAGUUUAGCUCUGCUAACAACUCUGCCCUCCUUCUUUUCUUUUCUUCACCACCAAAUUCUUCCCCUUCCCUCCAUGCUGAGAUCGCUGAGCUUCGAAAGGAGCAGCAGUCACAUCAAGCUCAGAUGCGCGCUCUGCGCGCGCUGCUCGGUGCGCUCUCAUGCAAGGUGCAGGGUGUGGGUCCGACCGGUGGGUUUUGCCUCUCGGUAGAAAGCCCCGGGGAAAGUCCUGGGCUGAACAAGGUGGAUGAGGGCUACGCGAAAGUGCUUGGGGAGCUGUUUGCCGGGCAGUCGGUGCUGGACGUAGGCACGGGCCUUGGGAAUUACGGCAGGUGGUUCAAGGAACACGCGCCAACUGUCGCGUGGACGGGCGUCGAUGGGGCAGAAAACAUCGAAGAAGUGACUGGGGGUUGGGUGAAGUUUGCUGACUUCACGGAAGAGCUUCGGCUGCCAAAAGCGGACUGGGUAAUGAGCAUCGAAGUUGGGGAGCAUCUGCCAAAGCAAUUUGAGGACGUCUUUGUGGAUAACCUGUGCGGGUUAGCGAAGGCGGGGGUUGUGGUCACGUGGGCCAGGCCAGGUCAGCUCGGUUAUGCUCACGUCAACGAGAAGAGCUUCGAAGACGUCAAGCAAAUGUUCGUGUCCCGAGGAAUGUCUCCAGACGAGGGCACGGGUCAAAGGUUGCGGGAGGUGGCCGGUGUGCCAUGGCUCGAGACGAACACACAGGUUUUUCGGUGGGAAAGGACAUGAGCGUAAAUUUACGGGAGUGUAUGUAGACUGAACCUUAUAGCUUGUAGAGCUGCUGAAGUGUCCAUGAGUAUGGGGGACCGCUCCCAGCUCGGCCGUAACUUAGAUAUGCUAGACAUAGAGCACCGUUCUUAACCUUACUGUAGGACGGAGUUGAAGAGGGCCGCAUGCAGGCAAUUGGCUGGUGUAGAUUCGACGGGGUUAGGUUCGUAUAAGCCCCAGCUGUGGCCGGCCGAGCCGCACUCGGCAACUUUCUUACGACUGUGUAACGGCCAGUGAAGGCCUCCGACCUUAUGCGUGAACCGACCGGGCAUUUGACAGGACGGCAGCUUGGGCAAGUGGAAUACAAGCUCUUCAUCCAUGGCCAGCUAGCUAGACAACUUAACAGGCU